AUGACCCACGGCACAUCCGGGAGAACAUUUUUCCUCGAUGCCGCUAAUCAGAACUUGGCUACGAUCCCGCCGGGGAUCCUAGAACUAAGAGAAUUAGAAGAGGUGCACCUGGAAAAUAACCACAUCGAGGAGAUCCCCCAGGAUAUUCAGUACCUAACGAACAUCAAAGUCCUCUACCUGAACAAUAACAGGCUGAGCAAGCUGUGCCUGCAGCUGGGAAAGCUGAGCCGCCUGGAGGGCCUGGACCUGAGCGACAACCCCAUCCUCCCCUCCUGGAUCCGGGUCCUCAGCAGCAUCCGCUCCCUGCGCCAGCUCCGCCUCUACCGCACCCAGGUCGGGGAGAUCCCCACCGAAAUCUGCAAACACCUCCACCACCUCGAGCUGCUCGGCCUGUCGGGAAACCGCCUGAAGUCUCUGCCCAAGGAAAUUGUGAACCAGACCAAACUGAGGGAGCUCUACCUGAAGCAAAACCAAUUUGAGGUUUUCCCGCCGGAGCUCUGCGUCCUCCGCAACCUGGUGAUCAUUGACCUGGAUGAGAACAGGCUGACGGCGCUCCCGGAGGAGAUCGGGAAGCUCAUCAGGCUGCAGAAGUUCUACGUGGCUCACAACAGCCUGCAGGGGCUGCCCGAGUCCCUGUGCCAGUGCGACCAGCUGUCGGUGCUGGAUCUUUCCUACAACCGCCUCCACUCCCUCCCGCGCAGCCUGGGGAGCCUCUCGGAGAUGGCGGAGGUGGGGCUGAGCGGGAACCCGCUGGAGAAGGUGCCGCGCCUGGUCUGCAAGUGGACCUCGCUGCACCUGCUCUACCUGUGCAACACCGGCCUGCGCUCGCUGCGCCGCUCCUUCCGGCGCCUGGUCAACCUGCGCUUCCUGGACCUCAGUCAGAACCACAUGCAAGGCUUCCCCGUGCAGAUCUGUUCGCUGAAGAACCUGGAGAUCCUGGCGCUGGAUGAUAAUAAGAUAGGGAAGUUACCUUCAGACUUCGGUGCACUUUCAAAACUGAAGAUACUUGGACUAAGUGGGAAUCAGUUCAUGUCAUUUCCAGAAGAAAUCUUUUCUUUAGAGUCCUUAGAGAAAUUAUACAUUGGGCAAGAUCAGGGAGCCAAGCUCACCUUUGUGCCAGAGGACAUUGGGAAACUACAGAGUCUUAAGGAGCUGCAUAUAGAAAACAACCAUCUGGAGUACUUGCCAGUGGCCUUGGGAUCAAUGCCUAACCUGGAAGUUCUUGAUUGCCGCCACAAUCUGCUUAAGCAGCUUCCAGAUGCCAUCUGCCAAGCACAAGCUUUGAGAGAAUUACUGCUUGAGAAAAACUUGCUCACCCAACUUCCAGAGAAUUUAGAUAGUCUAGUGAAUCUCGAUGUUCUGACGCUGAUGGACAAUCCUAUGGAAGAUCCCCCAAAAGAAGUGUACACUGAAGGCAAAGAGGCUAUCUUCACAUACCUUAUGAAUAAAAGACAUAUGAAAAUAAUAGCGACAAAGAUUCAGUCCUGGUGGCGUGGAAUGAUGGUACGGAAAGGACUUGGGAAAUUUAGUGAAAUGUUAAAAGUGCGAAAGAAAGGAAAGAAUUCUCUAAAAUCUAAGUCAGGGAAGAAGGGUGGAAAAGAAAAACCUGCAAAGGAAAAGAAGAAAUAAUUUUGUAUAUUAAUGACUUGAGGUAAUGAACCCUGAUGGAUUAAGAAGGCAAAAAUAUAUAGGAAUUAGAUGCCCACCACACUAAAAUUAUUCAUUAAAUUAUGGUUAUGUGUUAAAGUAAAUAUUCUUACUUUUACUGAAAUAUUUAUGAGAAAAUGAUAUGAAGCCCGUGAAUUACUUCAGAAUAAUAUCAGGCAAGUGUGGGGGGUCCAAAUGAAACAAGAUUGGACGUAAGCUGAUAACUGCAGAAAUAUCUGAUAGUUACAUGGAGGUUCGUUAUAGUAUUCUGUAACAAACUUUUAGUUUUGAAAUAAUUAUAUAUUCACUAGAGGCCCGGUGCACGAAAUUCAUGCACUGGGGGGGGGGG